AUGGUCAAAAAGAGAAAGAACAACGGCCGCAACAAGAAGGGUCGCGGCCACGUCAAGCCUAUCCGCUGUUCAAACUGCUCGCGAUGCACACCCAAGGAUAAGGCCAUCAAGCGGUUUACCAUCCGCAACAUGGUUGAAUCUGCUGCUAUCCGUGAUAUCUCGGACGCGUCCGUUUUUGCAGACUAUACCGUCCCCAAGAUGUACCUCAAGCUGCAGUACUGUGUGUCUUGUGCCAUUCAUGGCAAGAUCGUUCGUGUACGCUCGCGCGUUGGCCGUCGCAACCGUGCGCCUCCGCCGCGCGUCCGAUACAACAAGGAUGGCAAGAAGGUCACGCCCACUCAGGCCAAGACAGCAUAA